AUGGAUGCCAUUCAUAUUAUCAUGGCGACUUCAACGUCUGCCAAUCCACAUAAUUCACCACAUUUACGAAUUGAGAGUUUAGCAAGAAAAAGAAAACUCUCGGCGGUGACUUUUCUUGUAUUUGGAAUUCUACUGAUUGUCGCCGGUUCUCUUCUUGCUUCAUUUGAAAAACAAAGAUUUUCCGUAUCAUUUAUUGUUUUUGGUGGAAUUGGCAUCAUAUUUGCUUUAAUGUAUUGGGUAUCCGCAGAAAAAAUUCUAAUUGCCUUACGAAAACUGAAUGCUGAACGAAUGCGGCAAACCAGAUACUACGCUCAAAAUCCUGACGCAGCCGUUUUUGCCACUAUGAAUAGCAGAGAAUUUAGUCGAUAUCCAAAUUCAUUGCAUGUCGGCUUGCCAAGUUAUGAGCAAAGUGUUCUACAUUUCAUUGAUAUUCCACCGUCUUACGACGAAGCAAUCAAAAUCAAAUCAUCAAAUCAUCUACUGAACAAUUCUAGUCAACACCUUCCACCUACACCGAUUCAUUCAAUUUCACUUGCAGUCGAUCAAGCUGCAACAGCUGCUACCACUCUUCCCACAACAACAACAUCUGAACAAAUACCAAAUCGGAAAUGCGCUGCAUCCAGACAUGCACCUCACGAACCUUAG